CCCACGCAGCCUCGCACAACAACACUCUCUCACACAAAACUGACGCCGCCUUCACCCUCUGUCGCUCCCUGCUUAAAUCCCCGGUCCUUCCCCCAAAUCUGCCAGCACGAGCUCCCCGGAUUCGCCAGGAAGGAGUAGGACGGAGCGCCGAAUUCCGCGACAAGGGGGGGAAUUCGAAUUCGCGCGCGGGGUGCGGCGGUGGGGGAAGUGGAUGUGAGCGAUCCCCAUGGCUGCUGCAGCGACGGCGGCGGCCGGCCGCGGUGCCGGAGGUCAGGGAGGGGCAGUGGAUGAGCUCUACGCGGAGCUUUGGAAGGCGUGCGCGGGGCCGCUGGUGUCCGUGCCGGCGGUCGGCGAGAGGGUCUUCUACUUCCCGCAGGGGCACAUCGAGCAGGUGGAGGCGUCAACGAACCAGGUCGCUGAGCAGCAGGGGGCACCGCUCUACAAUCUGCCAUGGAAAAUCCCGUGCAAGGUCAUGAACGUCGAGUUGAAGGCUGAGCAAGAUACUGAUGAGGUUUAUGCCCAGCUCACCUUGCUUCCUGAGAAGCAAAAUGAGCAUGCCUCCACAGAGGGGGAGAAGGAGGAGGUGCCUGCAGCGGUGCCAGCUGUACAUGAGCGGCCCCGAGUGCAUUCCUUCUGCAAGACGCUGACUGCCUCGGAUACGAGCACACAUGGUGGGUUCUCGGUGCUGCGCCGGCAUGCAGAUGAGUGCCUUCCGCCGCUGGAUAUGAGUCAGAACCCCCCAACUCAAGAAUUGAUGACCAGAGAUCUCCAUGGGGUCGAGUGGCGCUUCCGUCACAUCUUCAGAGGCCAGCCAAAAAGACACCUUCUGCAGAGUGGCUGGAGCGUUUUUGUUAGUAACAAGCGUCUUGUUGCUAGGGAUGCCUUCAUAUUUCUCAGAGGUGAGAAUGGGGAACUGCGUGUUGGAGUUCGGCGUGCAAUGAGACAACAAGCCAAUAUUCCAUCUUCAGUCAUAUCAAGCCAUAGUAUGCAUCUUGGUGUCCUUGCAACAGCAUGGCAUGCUGUGAACACUGGGUCUAUGUUCACUGUCUACUACAAGCCAAGGACUAGUCCAGCUGAAUUUGUGGUCCCGUGUGAUUUGUACUACGAAUCCAUGAAGCGGAAUCAUUCAAUAGGGAUGCGAUUUAAGAUGAGAUUCGAAGGUGAAGAGGCUGCAGAGCAAAGAUUCACUGGCACAAUAGUUGGAAUAGGUGAUUCUGAUCCAUCUGGCUGGGCUGACUCAAAAUGGCGUUCCCUUAAGGUUCGAUGGGAUGAAGCUUCUUCUGUUCCUCGUCCAGACAGAGUUUCUCCUUGGCAAAUCGAACCUGCUGUUAGCCCUCUUUCUGUCAAUCCUCUACAAGCACCCAGAAACAAGAGGUCUCGUCCAAAUGCUAUAGCUUCUUCACCUGAAUUGUCUCCUGUAAACAGAGAAGUUUCUUCAAAAGUCACUGCAAACUCGCAGCACAAUGGUCUUCCAAGGGCCUUGCAGAGACAAGAAAGUGAAACAUCGACAAGUCGCUUUGGCGAUAAUAAUGUAAAGACUCCUGGGAAGCUUACCAUGUGGCCUUCUAGAACAGAUCAAGAGAAAAGUAAUAUUACUGUCCAGAGAAGUUCAGAGGGAUGGAUGCAGAUGCAAAGGCCUGAAGGUUAUACUAAUAUUGUAUCGCGAUUUCAACCACUGAAAGAUGCACAGAACCCACCGUGUUCUUUUCCUAGUCAAAUAUCUGGGAAUUGUUCAAACACCUGGAACAUUGUCAAUGUUCAUUACCCAGACCAACAAGUUAACCGCAAUACAUUCCCUGGCACAUGGUCUUGUAUGCCUCCUAACUCUGGUUUUGGGGUGAAUCAACAUAAUUACCUAAUGACGCCUGACCGUGCACCCUCUCAGAGGGCAGAAAAUGCAAAAUUUAGUUGGAAUGGAGAUUUCACUUCAGUUCAGGCCCGUGGCAUUGAUGAGCGCUCCCUGGGCUGGUUUGAGCAUGCCGAGCCAAAUCCUCACAUAGAUGAUGCCUCGUCGAGUGUAAUCAAGUCACAUCCUUUAGGUCAUGCUCUUGGGAAAACAAAAGGCUCUCCGUGCAUGCUAUUCGGGUUUCCUCUUGAUGGCCCUGCAAAAUCAGAACCUAUGAUAUCUCCACCAAGUGUUGCAUAUGAUGGGAUGCCUGAAACCCCUUGUUCAGAAAAACAGCCUCAACCAGAGGUAAUCGAACUGGAUAGAAGUCCUGGUACUUCCAAGUUGGUGAGUCCACUUGAUGAAAAUCAAUCUGAUUCUGCUAUGGCAAAACACCAAACUUGUCCAGAAGCUACAAGAAACAUUCAGAGCAAACUGCAAUGUUCCACCCGAAGCUGCAAGAAGGUCCACAAGCAGGGAAUUGCACUUGGCAGGUCAGUAGAUCUGACUAGGUUCACCUGCUAUGAUGAGUUGAUUGCUGAACUGGAUCGGAUGUUCGACUUUGGUGGUGAGUUGAAGGGUUCUUGUGAGAAUUGGAUGGUUGUGUACACUGACAGUGAUAAUGAUAUGAUGCUGGUUGGUGAUGAUCCUUGGAAUGAGUUCUGUGAUGUGGUUCAUAAGAUCUUCAUCUACACAAGAGAGGAGGUCAGCAAGAUGAAUCCAGGUGCCCUAGUCUCAAGAUCGGAAGAUAGUCUGUCUGCUUCCUUGGACAGAGGGGUUGUUGGCAAAUAGCUCCGCCCUGAAUUCUGAGAACUGGCUAAUUUGUUAUGUAGGUACUGUGUAGCACUGAGAGAGACAUGAGGUGGCAAUGAGAUCUUUUCAUGGCGUAAUGGUGCUUUCUGUGUAUCAUAGGGUACGUGACCCAUCUGUAUCUCGUCUGUAGAUGGUGUUUUUCCUGGUUUUAGUCAGCCCGUUCUUCGUUUGCUACAAGUUUUUUGGGUGCACUUCGUUGGUUUAAGUACAUUAUGUAAUGUGACCAGUAGCAGGACAAAGUGUAGCGAUGCCAGCAGCUGGCGCGCUUGCUUUGCCUUUGUCUGAUCCUCCCUUGUACAUGCUCCGCUUGAUUCCAGUCUAGUAUGUUGUGAAGUGUGAACAGCCGUAAUCUAUAUAAACCUCAAGAAGGCAAUAUGACCCCUAAAUGUUGCUGUGUUUGCUUU